GAUUGGCCGGGGGCGGGGCCGGGGGCGGGGCGCGGAGCGGAGCGGAGCGAUGGCGGCGCUGCGGGUGCUCGUGGGGGUGAAGCGGGUCAUCGACUACGCGGUCAAGGUGCGGGUGCGGGCGGACGGGGCGGCGGUGCAGAGCGACGGCGUCAAGCACGGCCUGAACCCGUUCUGCGAGAUCGCGCUGGAGGAGGCCGUGCGGCUGCGGGAGCGCGGCGCCGCCCGCGAGGUGCUGGCCGUGAGCGUGGGGCCGCCCGCCUGCCAGGAGACGCUGCGGGCGGCGCUGGCGCUGGGCGCCGACCGGGCGCUGCUCGUGGCCGUGGGGCCGGCGGCCGCCGCCGCCCUGGGGCCCCCCGACGUCGCCCGGCUCCUGGCGGCCCUGGCCCGGGCCGAGCGGCCCGACCUCGUGCUGCUGGGCAAGCAGGCCAUCGAUGACGACUGCAACCAGACGGGGCAGAUGCUGGCGGCGCUGCUGGACUGGCCGCAGGGCACGUUCGCGUCGCGGGUGGAGCCGGAGGGCGCCGGCGCCGUGCGGGUCGAGCGCGAGGUCGACGGCGGGCGCGAGACGCUGCGGCUGCGGCUCCCGGCCGUGCUCACGGCCGACCUGCGCCUCAACGAGCCGCGCUACGCCACGCUGCCCGCCAUCAUGAAGGCGAAGAAGAAGCGGCUGGAGGAGACGACGCCGGCGGCGCUGGGGGUGUCGCUGCGCCCGGGGCUGCGGGUGCUGGCGCUGGCCGAGCCCCCGGCCCGGCAGCCCGGCCGGCGCCUCGAGACGGUGCCCGAGCUGCUGGCGGAGCUGCGCCGCGCCGGCCGCCUCUGAGCCCCGCCCCGGGAAGGGCCCAGGCGUCCGGGAAAGGCGGGGGGGGGGGGGGGCCCAGGCGUCCGGGAGCGGAGCACCCCCCCCCCACCCCAUGCACACGGCUCGCGGCCCGGCUCUCCGCGCACGCGAGCGGCUCAGUGCCUUCCGCCUGCGGGGCCCAGGCGUCCGGGAGGGGCCCAGGCGUCCGGGAUGGGCCCAGGUGUCCGGGACAGUCCCCAGCGUCCGGGAUGGGCCCAGGCAUCCGGGACAGUUCCACACAUCCAGGAUGGUUUCAGGCAUCUGGGAUGGGCCCAGGCGUCCGGGAUGGGCCCAGGCGUCCGGGAGGGGCCCAGGUGUCCGGGAGGGGCCCAGGCGUCCGGGUUCCUCCCCCCUUCCCUCCCAAUAAAACCUGGUUCUUUGGAUUUGCCAA